AUGACAGUAACGACACUCAUCGCCGAUUCCCCCGCGGAAUUGGUAAAACAGACGCUCCGCUCCACAUCAACAGCAAACAAUGCCACGGUGUUGUCGCUCCAAACACUCUUCCGAUCGACGCCUGGACCGACGGAAAUUGAGAGUGUAACCGUGAAGAGAACUGGGAGGGCUACGAAGACGACAAGCGCAGGUACGGCGGCUACGACGAGUAGUCGGACGAAGACGGCACGCUCGCGGACGAAUACGAAAACAGCGGUUCAAGACCCGGGUCCGCCAGAUGGCGCGCAGUUAUCGGCCCAGGAGAAGCUGGUGCUCGCGACGGAGGUGUUUAAUAUGACACUCAAGACGCUUUCGGAUGCUGUGAAUGUUGGGACCGCGCCGUCGCCAAGGGAAUCGACACCGGUGAAACGGACAACAAAGUCGGCACGAUCGAAGACGGCACAAGCGGUGGAAAAUAGGGUAUCAGAGGCAGACAAAGGUGUUUCUGCUGUGGCGGAAUGUGCCCGGUUAUCUCUUUCGUGUUUACGAACUCUGAAGACAGAACAGGGGGGCCAGGGUGAUGGGAUGCCGAAUCUACAACUGGAACAAGGGGCAUGUGUUUUGGCUGGAAGACUGCUAUCCUUGGGGUUGAACGAUUUGGCUUACAAGGAGUUGAGGGGACUUAAGAGGAGGAUUCAGCAACAUAUUGAUGGCCUAUCGACGAGCCGGAAGAAGGCAGGGAAGGACACCCGCGAGGAGGACGAGCAGAAGGAACGGAUGUCGGAUCUCUUGACAUUUUCGAACAUACCAAGUGUGCGAUCGUUGCUCGGACUGCUGGUCUCGUUUCAGUCCAGCGCGUUACGUCUUAUUGCAGCAGAGAAACGACCGGCUACGGUACAGAAACUGGUGUCCGCCCUCCAGUUGGCCGACGACAGCAGCCCUGCCAAUGUGAUCCUUGCCGCCAUCGAUUCAGGAGCCCUUAGUAAGGAUAAAGGGGCAAUUCAACUUCAGCUGCUAUCCAGUACUGUUUCGUCUCUUUCCUACGCGUCCCAGACAUCAAGCAGCGGUGGCAAGGACCGCCUGAAGCCAUCGACUGUGCUGGCUUUGCAACUCCUGUCGCUCGAAAUCCGAUGUAUGUCCUGGAAGAUUUCCGGGCAUAUUUGUGAUGAUGAGCAUAGAGAAAGCUGA